AGUUUUGCUCGAAUAUGCGAGGAAAAAAAGAAAGAAACUUCUGAGCCUCUAUCAAGCAAGGACCUCUUUGUGGCUACGAGAAAAAGAAAAGUUGAUCGAGUAUACAAGGCCUCGUAUGCAGAUACUCUUAAUAAAAUUGCUGAAAUGGAAAGACUACAAUCAACACAAGAAAGUGAAGAUGGCAGUCAAUCAGUUGAUGCAUUUGCAUCAGUCAUGGGACCUGAGCAUCCAGGUCGCAUAAGAUUGUAUGGACGUGGGGUUACCAAGACCUCCUUAAAAAGAAAAGUGGGAGAUUUGGGACCCUCAAGUUCUACUGAUGAGGUGAUGCAGCAAAAAUUGGAGGAAAUGGAAGAAAGGAUGCAGCAAAGAUUGCAGGAAAAGUUCAAUGCACAAAAAGAUGCCAUGGAACUACAAGUUGCAGUAAAAAUCAUUUCACAACUUAAGCAUCUGAAUUCAGAUUUACGGGUUGAUCCCAGCAUGCUAGGUUUCAAUGCUCGUUCACCUGGAGAAGCUUCCUCUGCCCAACAAGCUACUGUGCAACUAAUAAAUCGCCUAUAUACUGGGAGUAAUAAUCAAG